AGAUACGAAACGAACGAUCCUACUAAAAAGAGUAAUUUGUGCAUUGUUCUUCGGUGGCAAGGAUUUCUUUACUGCCUGUAAUAAUGGGAGAUCUACCAAACAAACGCUACGGUACAAGAUCAUCAGACACUCCAGCGCAAUCAGUUGGCCGAUCGAGUGCAAUUAAACAAGAACUUCGCAAUGAAGCCAAUUUCCAUCUACACACCGUGGAAUCGAAUAUGGUAGAUUUCCAGGAAGCAAGCUCAUCGAAUUGCAGCAGUAAGGACCUAUUAACAGAUGAAGUUGAAGUUGGUGAAACGGGCUUAACAUUUCAGGAUGCACUUUUCACGAUACAAGAAAUCAAAGCUGAACCAACAACAGCUGAUGCCAACGAAGAAAUUGAAGACGAUGACGAUAUGCAUGAAUCAAAUUUAAAAAGAAUGAAAAUAGACGAUCUGGUAGAAUCAGGAACAAAUUCACAUGUAUCGAAGAAGGUACGAAAUUCGGUUUUUGAGAUGAGGUCGAUGAAAGGAACAAGCAGUGUGUGGCAACAUUUUGAAAAGAUGCAGAAUUCCGGGAAGUGUUUAUACUGUGCGAAGGUCAUUCGGCACAGUAAAGGAUCGUUAUCUAAUUUAAAACGCCAUCUUCAUGCAAAGCAUGUGGGGAUAACUUUACAACGUGCAGCGUAUUGCUCAUCGAAUGGAGAGUCUAAUUCCAAAACUCAUGAAGAAUAUUCUUCAGCAAAACAACAAUCGUCAUCUGCAAUUGCUCGACCGCCCGUAAUGGACACGUUCUCUCCUGCAAUGAAACCACUACCAGUUGAUGUCCAGCACAGAAAUCAGGAUGAACUUUUGUUGCAACUUAUAUGUCAAGAAUUCCUACCAUUUUCGAUAACCGAGAGUGAGGCAUUCAAAAAUUACACUUAUGGUCUCAAUCCCAAUUAUGUCAUACCUAGCAGGAAAACGGUUUCCGAAGCAAUACUGUCACGAGAAUUCAACAAAAGUUUUCAUAGAGUAAAAAGUGCAUUAGAAAACACCUCAAAAGUAGCAAUAACCUUAGACGGAUGGACAAACAUCAAUAAUAAUACGUUUUAUGCAAUAACAGCGCAUUACAUUGAUAAAAAUAAUAUUUUUCAUUCCAAUUUUCUACAAUGUUCGGAAUUUUCGAUUCCGCAUUCGGAACGUAAUAUGGCUGAUUGGAUAGCCAAAGUAACGGAGCAGUUCAACAUAACCAGCAAGGUAGUUGCUUUAGUAACGGAUAAUGCGAGUAAUUUGUCAUCUGCUGCGAAAGAGCUUAAAGUGAACCAUCUCCCUUGUUUUGCACAUACCUUAAAUCUAGUGGUAAUAAAGUCCAUCCAAAAUGCAAUCGAAACCAUUGUAAAAGAAGUAAUGCGAAUAGUUACGUACUUCAGGAACAGUACUACUGCUACCGAAAAACUGUAUGAUGUUCAAAACCAAUUGAAUUAUCCAAAUCUCAAAUUAAAACAAGGUAUUUAA